AUGGCAAGAGGCAAGAUAACGAUCAGAAGGAUCGAUGACACAACAAGUAGGCAAGUGACAUUCUCCAAGAGAAGAAAUGGGUUGUUAAAGAAAGCAAAAGAGAUCGCAAUCCUAUGUGAUGCUCAAGUUGGAGCCAUCGUCUUCUCCAGCACUGGCAAGCUCUCUGAAUUCUCCUCCACCAGCAUGAAAUCAGUGAUUCAACGCUAUAAUAGAACACAAGAAGAGAACAAUCAACUAUUGAAUCCAAUGUCAGAGGUCAAGCUUUGGCAAAUGGAAGUGGCUGUAUUGAAGCAAAAAUUAGAGACCUUGCAAGAGACUCAUCGGCAAGGGAUGGGAAAUGAACUCAGUAACAUGGGUGUUGAAGACCUGCAAAGACUAGAGAUUCGGUUGGAAACGAACCUACGCAACAUUCGCUUGAAGAAGGUAUAA